AGCUCACAUGAACUGAAUAUGUUGUCAGCCAAGCAAGUGUUCACGGUUUACGCCAAUCUACAUCGAAAGGCAGUUAACGACGUCUGCCUUUAUUGAACGCAUUACCUCGUCACGAUUUCUAAACAUUGAAUUUCUUCAUGAGUUAAACAUGUGAAGAUUGUUUUGAAUUAGUCUGACAAAUAAAGCUAAUAUUUAAUAAAAUUGUUAUCGGCCAAGCAAGCGUUUAUAGGUUCCCGGCGGAUUUAAAUCGAACGUCAAUGUUGUCGUCUGCAUCUACAUUGAACACGUCAUCUAGACUCUCGAGACUUCGAUUACAAUUGUGAAUUUGAUUUGAACAAGUCUGUGUUUUCUGACCUAGGAGAGCUAUGUGUUGGUAUGCCCGCCCAAGUUCAUUCAAAUUUUUGUUGUCGGCCAAGCAAAUGUUUACAGUCCCGCCAAAUCAGUUGUAUGAACUACAAAGCUAGUUGUCUGCAUCUCGAGACUCGAGACUCCGAGCACAAAAUGUAAAAUUUCUGAAAUUGAGAGAAACUUACGAAAACUGUUUUGACGUGGAAAGCCUGGUAUGCCAGCUCAGAUACAGCUAAUUUCUUGUUCGGGUGAGAAAGAGCUCAUAACUUCUCGCCAGAUCUGUAUCGACUCGCAGUUAUGUCGUCUGCUCGGCCAAUACAACGCUUUAUCUCUACACUCAUGAUACUCGAGACUCUGACUACGAUAUGUGAAAAUUGUGAUUGAUUUGAACAAAGCUUUUGAGAUUGUUUAUGAGAAAAUCUGAAUAUGUCAGCUCAGAUACAUUAACUUGUCCUCAGCAAAGCAAGUGUUAACACCAUCUGGAAAAAUUCUGCUCAUAAAGUUUGUGAUUCGUGUACUCCCGUAAUGUGACUCUGUAUUAAAGAUUUGUUAUUAUAAAGUGUUUUUACUUAAUUUUUCGAGUACAAGUACAACAUUUUUUUUCUUUCUCGAUUUCAAGGAGAAUUCCGAGCACAAAAUGUAAAAUUUCUUCGUGAUUUGAAAGAAAUAUACGAAAACUGUUUUUACUCAUUCUAACGCUGGAUUACUGUACAAGGAUAUUUUUUGUUCGCGUUCACAAGCUGGAUGAGGCUCCGAAUGCAGGUAAAUGACAAACGUUCUCAUUUGAACGUGCAAGAAGGGAGAGCGUUGUUUGAAGAAAGAAAGAAAAAAAAAGACAAAGUGGACUUUGCAGGCGCUAAAACUAUCGUAAAUUCCCAUUGGACUCUUUCAAUACCACAGUGUAGCUACCAGGAACGCCACUACACGCCACAACUUCAGUGGAGUUAAACCAGCAGCACAUGUUGACAUGUUAACUAAUACAUGUUUCCAAGCUAACUAGUCACUGCUAGACUCAUGCGCUAUGAUCACAAACGCAACAUCUGCUAGCCGUUGUCAGGAAGGUCAUCGGAGGCGGCAGUGAUGCCGAUGUCGCGACAGUUGCCCCGAUGGGGGACUAUCCUGAAAAUCGCCAUCAUCGUCUGCACGAUGGGUUACUGCGUUCUGUUAUGCUCGUGGUCGGUUCGGAAUAAUGACGACACUGGCAGAUCGGACAAGGCCGUGGUCGUUGAUGACGGACAAGCCUUGCCCCAAUUCAUCCCCAACCUCGGACAUGCCAUUCUCCACAUCGCACCCAACAACGAUGAUGCAAAAACCGAAGAACCAAAGAUAUCACACGAUGUCGGCCAUGAUGACAUGGAUGACCGGCUCGACCUCCGGCCGAAACCGGGGUUGACCUUGGACUUCCGGUCAAUGAUCCAGAGACUGCGCUCCAACUCGACCUCGUGGAGAUUCAGGCGUGAUAAUCUACUGAAAUUAAGGAAACAGAUCAAAGACUUUUUGGGCAGGGAUUUCCUGAACUCCGCCUUUCUGACUCGGGACAACACCCCUCUCAACUCCUCCGUCCUUUUCUAUAAGAUCCUACCGGAGGGUGUCCUACCAGUGGUCCGCGAUUUAUGGGUACAACUACCAAAGGCGCCUGUAUACAGCGGGAGGCAAUAUAAAACAUGCAGUGUGGUCGGAAGCAGCGGAAUUUUGACAGGAAGCAAGUGUGGACGGUUGAUCGAUAGUACUGAGUUUGUGUUCAGAAUGAACAACGCUCCGACAUCGGACGAUUUCAUGGUCGAUGUUGGAAAGCGAACGAACCAGAUGUCGGAAACAGGGAAAAGUCUCGCUAAAGUGAGUCUGAAUGCAUCAGAAACCUUCAACCUCAGCUGUUUACCAUCUACGCCGUUCCCAGACAAGCUCUUCCAAGAUACUUCCAAGCCCCUUCCUAAAAUCUUACUCGUUCGGCUCCCGACCUUCCCCGAGACCGAUCUGGUCCGAUUGAUCACGAGAGGUUGCCGAGUUGUUCCGAAGGGGGAGGGACAGCUCGUCUUGUGGGAUUCGCGAAUUAACGUGAAGAUGAACGACUUUUGGCGACAGAAUGGCCUCAAACUCAAGAUGUCAUCGGGGUUCUUUUCCAUCACUCUGGCUCUCCAUCUUUGCCGGGAGAUACAUGUGUUCGGGUUCUGGCCUUUCAGCCUCUCAUCCGAGCGCAAAGCAGUCCCUUACCACUACCACGACCUCCUCAUCACGACCAAAGUCAUUCACAACUUCAUCGAGGAGUUCGACCUGCUGGUGAGGCUUCACGAACACGGGCUGAUUAAGCUCCACGUCGAUGACUGCACUCAGGAAAGGUGAUACAAGUUAGGUUUUUGUGAAUUUCAAAGUACACACACCAGCUACCGUGUCACGUGGUUUGAAUGCAGACAGCGUGAAGGCCAUACGACUGUCACUAAAACAGUAUCUCCGUGCUAAAUUCUUUUCAAGCAUUUCGAAAA